UUUUUAAUUUUACUCUCCCGACCAUAAUUCGACAACGGCCGAUCAGAGAUGGGAUUCGAGUAUCCCUACGAAUUGCGAUGGUGGUGGGAAAACGCCAGCAUCUUCUUCAUCCGACCUCUUCUCGCGAUCCUCUUCAUCCUCUCCUUGAUCCUCCUUAGCUGGUUUGUGGCGUGGAAGACGGUGCUGGUUCACGUGCCGUUGGUGCAGGAAAUCUUCGGCCUCCGCAAGAAACCCGUCAAGCCCAAACCUCCAAACCGCCAUCGUUUCUCCCGCUUCUACAACUCCAAUUCCUCUAUCAGAAACAACUCAUUGGGUUCGAAGCAGAAAUCUUGAAGGCUUGAAGCCGUAUAUGCAGACUUUGAAAGAGGAUUUCUUUAUAUUGUUUAAACUAUAUGAUUCUAGUUCCAGUUUGUAAGCCACUUCCGGGAGUCGCCUUUCACAACCUUGCCAGCUACAAGCGUGUGCAUAUUGUAUAAAGAUUAAAGAAUACAUAUUUCAGCGGUUUCACAUUACUUUUUUUUUU